GGUCCGGGGAAGCCUGGCACUCAAAGCCUCUUCCGGCAGGAGCUGAGCGGCUCCUUAUCAUGGGGACAAUUCAUCUCUUUCGAAAACCACAAAAAUCUCUUUUUGGCAAGUUACUACAGGAAUUUAGACAUGUGGCAGCAGACCGAAGGUCCUGGAAGAUACUGUUCUUUGGUGUAAUAAACUUAAUAUGCACUGGUUUCCUGCUGAUGUGGUGCAGUUCUACCAACAGUAUAGCUUUAACUGCCUAUACUUACCUGACCAUUUUUGACCUUUUUAGUUUAAUAACAUGUUUAAUAAGUUACUGGGUAAUGAUGAGAAAACCAAGUCCUGUCUAUUCAUUUGGAUUUGAAAGAUUAGAAGUUCUAGCUGUAUUUGCCUCCACAGUCUUGGCACAACUGGGUGCUCUCUUUAUAUUAAAAGAAAGCGUGGAACGCUUUUUGGAGCAACCUGAGAUACACACGGGAAGACUAUUAGUUGGUACUUUUGUGGCUCUUUCUUUCAACCUGUUCACGAUGCUUUCUAUUCAGAAUAAACCUUUUACAUAUGUAUCUGAAGCUGCUACAACGAGUUGGCUUCAAGAGCAUGUUGCAGAUCUUAGUCGAAGCUUGUGUGGACUUAUUCCAGGACUUAGCAGUAUCUUUCUUCCUCGAAUGAACCCAUUUAUUUUGAUUGAUCUUGCUGGAGCAUUUGCUCUUUGUAUUACGUACAUGCUCAUUGAAAUUAAUAAUUACUUUGCAGUAGACACUGCCUCUGCCAUAGCCAUUGCUCUGAUGACAUUUGGCACGAUGUACCCCAUGAGCGUAUACAGUGGGAAAGUACUACUCCAGACAACACCACCCCAUGUCAUUGGCCAGUUGGACAAGCUCAUCAGAGAGGUAUCUACCCUGGAUGGAGUUCUAGAAGUAAGAAAUGAACACUUCUGGACCCUUGGUUUUGGCUCACUGGCUGGAUCAGUGCACGUAAGAAUUCGGCGAGAUGCAAAUGAACAGAUGGUUCUUGCCCAUGUGACCAAUAGGUUGUACACUCUGGUGUCUACUCUGACGGUUCAAAUUUUCAAGGAUGAUUGGACUAGGCCUACCAUAAUGUCAGGACCUGUUGCAGCCAACGUCCUAAACUUCUCAGAUCAUCAUGCGAUCCCAAUGCCUCCUUUAAAGACUACUGAUGAUUUGACCCCUGCCACAUCAACUCCAGCUAAACCUAGUAGUCCACCUCCAGAAUUUGUAUUUAACACCCCAGGAAAAAAUGUGAACCCAGUUAUUCUCUUAAAUUCACAAACAAGACCUUAUGGUUUAGGCUAUAAUCAUGGACCUUACAGCAGCAUGGUUAAUCAAGGACUUGGAGUUCCAGGAAUUGGAGCAACUCAAGGAUUCAGGACAAGUUUCACAAAUAUACCAAGUAGAUAUGGAACCAACAAUAGAAUUGGACAGCCAAGACCGUGAUGUACUCCAGUGUAACUUAUUUUUAUGAGGAAUUUUGACUCCUUGACUUCCAGUUUAUUUAGUAAUCUACCUUUGCAUUGACGGUUCAGUAAUAUUCUAAAUGUUGGAGAAUUUGUUGAUUCAUAAUUCAUGAAACAUUAUUUUUCUGCAAUGCAUCUGGGGCAAUGAGAUCUCUGAUUAUUAGAGACUUGUCAGUAGGCAUCCUUUAUGAAGUAUUCUCUAAAUGUGAAAUUUGUUAUCUUUGACUUUGCAGCUGACUACACUGCAAUAUGACUUUACUUUUAAGAGAAAACCACCUGAUGGAGUGGAACUGUCAGCAUUCUUAAAAUUGUGGCAUUUUCUUCAGUGAAACUUAAAAACAUGUUUCUUUGAUAAUAUACAUUUUAUGAAAAGAUACACCUUCUAAAAGUCU